UUUCCUCAGCGGCACCGUACAGCAGUUGUUGACAGAGCACUGGAGUAGAGGGAUUGGGUAGGAAAUUCUUGCAACUAAGUGGCAGCUGGCUUUUGACAUAAAAAGCUGAAAAUGCGCUGGUAUGUGCCUUUUUAACAGUCGCGCCGGCUAGCGAGCAAAACACUGAGAAACGGUGACGCUGUCAGAUCUGGCGGGUUUGGUUCUGUUAGCCGAGGUGUCUCUCUCCGGUCUUCGCAGAGACGGGGAUCCUGCUGGAGUGUGUAGCCGAAGAAGAAGAAGAAGGGGAGCGCCACGAUGCUGUGCUGGGGAAAUGCCUCCUACGGACAGCUGGGCAUGGGUGGGAUCGAUGAGGAGAUCGUGGUUGAGCCACGAAAAUGUGAGUUUUUUCACGGGAAGCAAGUGUGCGAUGUGGGGUGUGGCCGCAGACACACAGCCUUCCUGCUGGAGGACGGGACAGUGUACACCUGUGGCUGCAAUGACCUGGGGCAGCUGGGACAUGAGAAGUCCAGGAAGAAACCAGAACAGGUCGUGGCCCUGGAUGCACAGAUCAUAGUGGCGGUGUCCUGUGGAGAGUCCCACACACUCGCCCUGAACGACAAAGGGCAGGUUUUUUCAUGGGGUCUGGGCUCGGACGGGCAGCUGGGCCUGAAUAACUUUGAAGAAUGUGUUCGUGUGCCUCGAAACAUCAAGAGUUUGUCAGAUGUACAAAUCGCUCAGGUAGCCUGUGGGUAUUGGCACUCCCAUGCACUUUCAAGAGGGGGCCAUGUUUUCUCCUGGGGCCAGAAUCGAUAUGGACAACUCGGGCUGGGAAUAAACGGGCAGAGCAUUUCCACGCCCCAAAACAUCCAGUCUCUGCAGGGCAUUCCCUUCACUCAGAUAUCCACAGGUGGCGCUCACAGCUUCGCCCUCACUCUCUCGGGAGCGGUGUUCGGCUGGGGGCGCAACAAGUUCGGUCAGCUGGGCCUCAAUGACACAAAUGAUCGAUGUUUCCCAACCCUGCUGAAGUCCCUCAGAUCACAGAGAGUGAUUUACAUCUCCUGUGGAGAAGAUCACACAGCAGCACUGACCAAGGAAGGAGGUGUGUUUACGUUUGGAGCAGGAGGCUACGGACAACUCGGACAUAACUCCACAAACCAUGAAAUCAACCCUAGGAAGGUGUUUGAGCUCAUGGGAAACGUAGUAACGCAGAUUGCAUGUGGAAGGCAGCACACGUUGGCUUUCACGCCCUCCUCUGGGAAGAUGGACUCGUUUGGGCUCGGCGGGAACGGGCAGCUCGGAACGCGCUCCACCUGCAACAGGAAAAGCCCCGCCCCCGUCAAAGGCCCCUGGGUAGCCUCCGGGUGUGCAGCGGAAACAGACUCGGAGCAGGGCUGUUGUGUGAAGAGGAUUUAUGCUGGAGGAGAUCAAAGCUUUGCUCACUAUUGCACUGCCAAUAACCCCCAGAACAGAGACGACGUGAGGAUACAUGACCCCCACAGACGCAUUUGCACCUUGAAUGAGGAUAUCAUACAAAAAUGGUUGAACCAUUCACCAGGAAGACUGCCGCUGGAAGUCUCCAAUGAGAUUGACCUCGUGUUCUCCUCAGCAAGCUGCCUCAAUGGAUCUUUUCUGUCAAUGAGUCAUCCCGAUCACUACAGUACCAGCAGCAAAUGUUCAGGGGUGGAUAUGAACAUGACUCGUAUCCUGUUUCACAGAGUGAUCCAACAAGAUCACCCUGAGAUAGCUCAGCAGAUUGCUGCUAGUCUGGAGAAGAACCUAAUUCCCCGACUGAGCAGCUCUCCUCCAGACAUUGAAGCCCUGAGACUCUACCUCACUCUCCCAGAAUGCCCUCUCUUCAGCGAUCGAAACAAUUACGUGACCAUUGCCAUCCCGUUUGCCAAAGCACUCCUAAGCCUGAAAGAGGCUCCGCUGAAGGUGCUAGGGAACUGGUGGUCCACGUUCGAGCCGCCGGUCUUCCAGCGGCUGGUGGAGUUGUACAAGGAGGUGGUGGUUUAUCUGCUCCAGAUGCACAAGGUGGGAAUCCCGUCAGCAGAGCAGAGGAUUUUCACCUGCUUCCUGGACACGUCUCUCCGACUCCUGGAGAUCCUGCACACGGUGAGCGAGAGAGCGGGACACAUCAUUCAGUACGAUAAGUUCUACAUCCACGAACUGGACGACCUGAUCGACAUCAGAAAUGACUACGUCACGUGGAUCCAGAGGCAGAUGUACCCGAUGGGUCAUGAUGGUGUGGUGACUCUGUGCAGGUAUCCCUUUGUAUUUGAUGCCCAAGCGAAGACGACCCUGCUCCAAACUGAUGCCGUCAUACAGAUGCAGAUGGCGGUGGACCAGGCUCAGAUGCAAAACUUCAGCUCCAUGUUCCUGCCAGCGGUGGAGUCUGUCAACCCGUGCCUCAUCCUCAUCGUCCGCAGGGAAAAUAUUGUCGGAGACACCAUGGAGGUCCUGAGGAAGUCCAAGAAUGUCGACUACAAGAAACCACUCAAGGUGAUCUUUGUGGGAGAGGAGGCGGUCGAUGCAGGAGGCGUGAGAAAAGAGUUCUUCCUCCUGAUCAUGAAAGAGCUGCUGGAUCCUAAAUACGGCAUGUUUCGUUACUAUGAGGAGUCCAGGCUCAUCUGGUUUUCAAAUAAGACGUUUGAGGACUUUGACUUGUUCAACCUCAUCGGGGUCAUCUGUGGUCUGGCCAUCUACAAUCUCACCAUAGUGGAGCUCAACUUCCCCGUGGCCCUUUACAAGAAGCUCCUGAAGAGGAAGCCGACACUAGACGACCUGAAAGAGCUAAUGCCAGAUGUGGGAAGGAGUCUGCAGCAGUUACUGGACUACACAGAAGAUGACCUUGAGGAAACUUUCUGCUUGAAUUUCACAAUCACAGAGGAAAACUAUGGUGCCACGGAGGUUUUGGAACUAGUACCGAACGGUGAAGACAUCAAUGUAAAUAAAUCAAACAGGCAGGACUUUGUCAAUGCCUACGUCGACUAUGUUUUCAACACAUCAGUGGCGCCGCUGUUUGAGUGCUUCUAUGCAGGCUUUCACAAAGUGUGCGGCGGUAAAGUUUUAGAGCUGUUCCAGCCAAACGAACUGCAAGCCAUGGUCAUCGGCAACACCAACUACGACUGGACGGAGCUGGAAAAGAGUACUGAAUACAAAGGCGAGUACUGGGCGGACCAUCCUACUAUCCGGCUCUUCUGGGAGGUGUUCCACAGUCUUCCUUUAGAGAAGAAAAAACAGUUCCUCUUAUUCCUCACAGGAAGUGACCGCAUUCCCAUCUUGGGCAUGAAAAGUCUGAAGCUGGUGAUCCAGCCCACCGGUGGAGGGGAGCAUUAUCUACCUGUCGCCCACACCUGCUUCAACCUGCUGGACCUGCCCAAGUACACGAGUGUAGAAACGCUCCGUGAGAAGCUUUUACAGGCUAUAGAUCACAAUCAAGGCUUUAAUCUCGCCUGAAACUUAAACAGAAUAUGCCUAGAACUCAAUGUCUGUCGAUGGCGACCACAUUCCCACACGUUUUGUUUCGCAGACCUGAACACUGGUUGGAACGAGGAGGCGGCCACAUGACAGUAGAAUCGAUUCAGAGCUGGGUGUUAAGACGUUCCACAUUAAUCUAGACUUUUGAUUUUCCAGCUUUUUGCCAUGCCAUCACAGUAUUUGAUGCGCUACUACCAGUCAGUUCACAUUUGAUAUUGCUCUUGUAGAUAUGCUUUUAUUCAUGUUUGGAUAUGACAAGUAUGAUUAAGCAAACUACUGGUAUAUACUGUACAGGGCAUGCAUACAGCAACAUAAACACCUGUGAAAUACAAGUAACUGCAGCAGCUUCUACCUGUCUGAAGCUUUUAAUGUCUUAUAACAGUGAGGUGUUUCUGUUACGUUUAUACUGACUUUAUUCCAGAAACACCUCUAAAAAUAAUGUAAUCCAAACACUGUGGCCUCACAAUGACCAGAUUUGAAUUAGCACUGCUCUAACAAGGUGUCAACAAAAAUCUAACAUUUUAAGCUCCACUGUGGCAGCAGUUGCUCACACUGUAUUUUACAGGUGUUAAUGAUGUUGUGUCCACUCCCUGUGCGCUCAAUGUUUGAACUCAGACAAUGUAAACUAACUCUCUUUAUGUUUAAGAUCUAAUGUGACAUUUGAUUGAGAGCAGUGCGAAGUGUUUUGCUUUUAGAUCCUGAGUGGGUUUUCUCGGCUGUGAGCCUUUAACAGUCCACAAAUUAAAACAAAGUAAAGCCACUGAAAUAAAUGUGAGUUACUUUGGGGAUAAAAUACCAUCCUCUUAUGUCA